AAGGUGCCCGCUGAAGGCAGACUUUCUUGGAGCCCACAAGUCCGGGCUGCACCGAACAAGUCAGGAUGUUGAGCGUGAAGGCAGAGGCAGUGCCGCAGGCAGCAGGAGCCCAUCAGAGGGGAAGAACAUCUGAUCUGAGGGAGCAGGGAUUGGAUCAAGUAACUGCAUCCAGGGUAUGGGCAAAACGAAGAAGUCACGGAGAAUUUGCCCUCGGAGCGAGGCAAGCGUUACGUAGGAUCUGGGGUGGGCAACAGUCUGUGCAGUGUGGAUCAGAGAGGAGGAAACGCCGCAAUGUGAGGGACUGGUCAGCCUUGUCAUUUCAACAUUCUGCCUUUCCUGUGAGGAGGAAGAUAGCCAAGUCCCAGAGCUGUGCCAUGGCAGAGACUAGGGAAGAGGAGACGGUGUCAGCAGAGGCCUCAGGGUUCUCAGACUUGAGUGACUCAGAGUUUCUGGACCUGGAGGAUACACAAGAGUCAAGUACUUCACCUAACAAGCCUGGCCCUUCUUCUGAACUCCCUGGGAAGGAUGGCAAGCUCAUAAGCUUACCAAAGUGGAAAAGAGGAUUGGAUGUCUCGUCACCUAUGGAACGAUUCCAUCUUAAAUAUUUGUAUGUCACUGACCUGUCUACUCAGAACUGGUGCGAACAGCAAAUGGUAUAUGGGAAGGAGCUUCCUGGUUUCUUGACACCUGAGAAGUCAGCUGUUUUGGACACUGGUGCUAGCAUCCACCUAGCUAGAGAACUAGAAGUUCAUGAUCUUGUGACUGUCCCCAUCACCUCUAAAGAAGAUGCUUGGGCAGUUAAGUUUCUGAACAUAUUAUCAAUGAUUCCUACCCUGCAGUCAGAAGGACGCAUCAGAGAGUUUCCAGUGUUUGGAGAAGUGGAGGGUGUGCUCCUUGUUGGAGUGAUUGAUGAGCUGCACUAUACAGCCAGGGGGGAACUGGAGCUGGCUGAACUCAAGACACGCAGGCGCCCUGUGCUCCCUCCGGACGCUCAGAAAAAAAAAGACUGUUUUCAGGUCAGCCUGUACAAAUAUAUCUUUGAUGCCAUGGUACAAGGGAAAGUGACCACUGCUAGCCUAAUCCACCACACAAACUUGCGUCCAGAAAAGCCACUGGGACCUUCAGUGCUGAGGCAUGCCCGGCAGGGAGGCUUCUCUGUGAAGUCCUUGGGUGACCUCAUGGAGCUGGUCUUCUUGUCUCUAACACUGUCUGACCUCCCAGUUAUUGAUAUCCUGAAGAUUGAGUAUAUCCACCAAGAGACUGCCACUGUGCUGGGUACAGAGAUAGUGGCCUUUGAAGAGACGGAGGUGAGAAACAAAGUGCAGCACUAUAUGGCCUACUGGGUGGGCCACCGAGAGCCUCAAGGGGUUGAUGUGGAGGAGGCUUGGAAAUGCCGGACAUGCAACUAUGCAGAUAUCUGUGAGUGGAGGAAGAGCGGUGGGUUGCCCAACUCCAUGCUAGAGCCGCAAGCCAAAAAAGCCAAAUGAACGGAAGAUAGACUUUCAGGAACUUUGAUCUUUCUUGCUCCUAAUGUACUCAGCAGAGUGAAAGAGGACCAGUCUCUGAGCUUGACUUCCAUGGAGAGUGUUCUUAUUUUGGUUCUUUUCAUAUUUCCUCAGCCUCUUACCACACAAAUCCAGGACCAAGGCUCAGGGGUGAGUGGGAGAGAUCUGGGAUUAUACUGUCUCUGGAGCUUCGCCAUAGAUUGCCAAGAAGACAUAUGCUUAUCAUGGCUGGAGCAAGGUAUCCUUCAGCAAUCUUUGCUUUCCUAAGAAGAUUCUUCAGUUUCUUUUAAGUCUCUUCCCUAUUUUUUCUCAAUCGGGGUUUCUACGUUUUAUAUAAUGAAAUAAAAUGAAACACUGUC